CACACCGACCGAUUCAAUGGCAGGCGAUCUUCAAAUCGCAUGUGGGCAGACUCACCGACAAUCAUCGAAGGGUCUGGAUUCAGAAAUUCCGAUUCUAUCGUCACCGAAAUGUGAACCGACAAUGUUAGCUGGCGCCGGCCCAGGAGGACCAUAAGACAAUCUCAUGUCUCACACAUCUUGGUUUCAAAUACCCAACAGGCGAAUCGACGUGUCGAUUGUUCUCGGCGAAAUACCAUUAUUGUCAUUUGUGACCACCACUAACGGAACACGCCACGCUCUGAGCCUCCAACCAGUGUCAACGACUGGUCAGUGGUCACUACCUCUAGCCGACGUACCAACAACGUACCAACAACGUACCAACACACCUCCUGCGGCCUUCAUCUGGCAGUCAACGCCUCCAAUAUUUGACCUGCAUAUUCGUGCAGACAGCUUUGUGCGUAACGCGAUUCAAUGUCAGAUUCGGGGGCCGUUUGGGUGCUUCAAUGCCCACCUCCUGCGUGGACGUCAAGCAUACCAAGGAGCCGAUGUGACCUGUCAUCUCGGAGACGAGAUGCGCGGUCGAUCAGCUGCAAUCGAACGGAAGAAAAUGACCUGUCACAUGGACUACAUCUCCCGCCGCAAAGCUUCACUGCUCGCCCAUUCAAUACAUCCUCUCCUCCGCAGUCGCUAUUCAACAGUCAUACGGUCUGGUCGCGCUCGAAAUGUGGUGAAACCAUGGAAAAGAGCGGCAAUCUUCUCGCAAGGAUGUAGCAUCCGUAAUCUGCGAAAUUUCGAGAGGCUCUGCUGUCGGGAAUUUCGACCAUGAUUGUCUGGGGCGAAUCGCAUUGAACCGAGAAUGUCUAAGUCAAACACAAUUGAGCUGCUCAAUCCACCGCCCUUGCUUCGGAAAACUUGGCUGCACUAGUAUUGCCUGUCAAAA